AUGGCCAAGUUGCCGUCACUGGCAGCCUACCCCCCGGCCGCAUGGCGUCACAAGCUCACACCAGCGGAAUGGGCAUCGUUACAAAAUGCCUGGGUGGCAUUGCUGCAAGCUCACAUCAGCUCUUCGGCAUCUGAACUGGCCAAGGCUCUCUCAGAAGAGGACUCGUCUCUCACUCGCUUUCUCACCACAUUUGCGCAGGAAGCGGCCUCGCAAGACGCAUCACAUCCGCCGUCGCCAGCCCUGCUGAAAGCAAUAUUGCAAUUGACGGCACAGUCGUCGUCAUCAAAACCUACCUCCGACCUGGACACGUUUGACUAUCUGGCCAACCUCGCCAAGAUCUAUCCAAAGAAACUUUCAGCGCCUGUGCUCUCACAAGCUCUGGCGUCACCACACGCAGCUGCCAUUGAGUCGUCAUUGACCACGCUGAAAAAGUCGCUCAUCUCGAUCCUAGACGCUGGAAUUCGGGGUGAUCUCAAAUCCGCCGAGGCGAGCCUGGCAAAGCUCAACCCGCUACUGCAUGCCUCUCCGCACGUCUGCACGCUCUUUCUCGCCGGCGACGACUUUCUCGACAGUCUCAUUGCGGGCUACAAGGUCAUGAACCCGCCCCUGCGGAAAGUCAUCAUCGCAACGCUAUACCUGUGCCUGGUCGGGCUCGUCGAGGUCACGCCCCCCAAGUGGUCCAUGCUGAGCGACGAGCUCUUCUCGCUCAAGUCGGCGGCCGACCAGCACAAGCAGGGGCCGCUCAACGCCAACGACUCGCUGGUGCCGGAGCUGGUCACGUCCACGCCGCUCCUCAAGGUGCUGCUGGCGAGGGCGGAAGCCGAUGGCGCGGCGACGCCGAACCUGAAGAAGCGCAUCACGGCCCUGGAGGCAUUCAAGAAGGGCGCCAUGGUGCGGCCAAAGAGGCUGGUACGCCGCAAGGUGGACAAGGGCAAAAGCGCGCAGACGAGCGAGGAUGCAGACGCCGAGGUGCACAUUCAUCGCAUGAGCCAGAUUACGCAAGUGCAAGACUUGUUCCCAGACCUCGGCGCCGGAUUCGUCGCCAAGUGUCUGGACGAGUACAACGAAGAUGUUGAGCAGGUUGUUGCCAACCUUCUCAGCGAGUCGUUGCCACCACACCUUGCUACCGCGGAUCGUAGCGAAGGCUUAUCCCAAUCCCACCAGCAACCACCGCCGGACAUGGCACCGCACUCUACACCGCCGCAGCUACCCACCCGGCGCAACAUCUACGACGACGACGACCUCGACCGUCUCGCCGUCGACACCUCCAAGCUCUCCUUUGGCAAGCGGCCCGAGCGGACCGCCGACCAGCUGCUCCGGGACCGCACCUCGGCGCCCGGCAAGGCCGCCAUCCUCUCCGCCCUCGCCGCCUUUGACUCCGACGACGACGAGCGCGACGACACAUACGACGCCGACGACGUGGGCGGCACCGUCGACGCCUCGGCGAACCAGGAAGCUGACGGCGCGCACGACGCCAACGAGGAGGCGCUGUUCCGGGCGUUCCAGUCGGACGCCCGCACCUUUGACCGCGACGCCGCGACGCGCCGUUCCUCGGCCGCGCGCGCCAAGCUCCGUGAGGACACGGGCAUGCCCGACGAGGCCAUCGAGGGCUGGGCGCUCAUGCUCACCCGCAACGCCGGCCAGAUGCGCCGCCUCGAGGCCAAGUAUGCCUUUAGCGGCCAGCAGCGCGAGCUCGGCCGCACGUCCUGGCGCGACUCGGGCGCAGAGGACAGCGAUGCCGGCGGCGCUGCUGCCAACAGAGGCGGCAGAGGAAGAGGCGGCGGCCCAGCACGUGGCAGAGGAGGUGGCGGUGGUGGUAGAGGACGCGGCGGCGGGAGCGUGGCGGGGGCAGCGGGCGACAAGGGCACGGAGAGCGCACGGAAGAACAAGGAGGCGAACAAGGGCUCGCGAGCGAACCAUAACCGCAAGGCUGGCCAUGCCAAGAAGAUGGCGCGUGGAGGUUUUCCUGGUUGA